GGUCAAGACCGAAUCGGUUCGAAGGGUCAAGACAGAACCGCCUUUGGUGUUAAGGGUUUAAGUUUAUGUAUUUAAUGACGAAGGAGGUGCGGGAACAGUUUGGUGCUGGCCCUCAAUCACUGUUCCGGCGAGUUCAGGACGAAUUGUCUUUCUAGAUAAGGAUCCUGAUCAGAUCUGAUCCGGCUACGUGAAUAAGGGUAGCUUCUUUUAUUUCUGUUCUUCUGAUUCUCUUUCUCUCUUUCUAUUUGUUUCCAGAUUGUUAGAUCCUGGUUUUGGUUCGGGUGGAGACUUUUAGUGCUUAGAUUGGGAUUGCAACUUUCUACAUUUUCUGUAUCUGAGGGUGCUGAGGUUGAAUAUGGAUUGAGAUGCUUAAGUAAAAAGUUUCCUUUGGAAUGGUUGACAUUGAGCACUUCCUGGAUGCUGCAGAGAAGUUUGAAAUAUAUUUUCCUGAGUAACAAUUGUGAUGAGGUGUAAUGCUUGUUGGAGAGAAUUGGAAGGUCGAGCUGUAUCAACCACUUGUGGUCAUCUCUUCUGCAAUGAAGAUGCAAACAAGUUAGUAAGCAAUGACGCUGCCUGUCCAAUUUGUGAUCAAGUACUCUCUAAAAGUCUUAUGAGGCCGGUUGAUAUAAAUCCUAGUGAUGAAUGGAUCAAUAUGUCAAUGGCUGGAGUUGCUCCACAAAUACUCAUGAAGAGUGCAUACAGGAGUGUGAUGUUUUACAUUGGACAAAAGGAACUUGAAAUGAACUUUAAGAUGAACAAGAUAGUUGCACAGUGCCGGCAGAAAUGUGAAGUAAUGCAAGAAAAGUUUACUGAAAAACUGGAACAAGUACACACUGCAUAUCAAAAAAUAGCUAAAAGGUGCCAAAUGAUGGAACAGGAGAUAGAGAACUUAUCAAAGGAUAAGAAGGAAUUGCAAGAAAAAUAUGCUGAAAAAUCCAGGCAGAAGAGAAAGCUCGAUGAGAUGUAUGAUCAAAUAAGAACUGAGUAUGAUUCUAUGAAACGUUCAUCAAUUCAACCAGCCAACAAAUUUUUUGCUAGAACUGAGCCAGAGUUGUUCUCAGAUCGACUGGUUUUUACUCCUGAAACUCCAGGAAGGAGAGAGGAGAUGUGGCCAUCGACAAAGAACACUAAUUUGGAAGCCUUUGAACUUUCCGGUGGCUCACCAGCAAAAACAACAGCUGGUCCUGUUGAGUCUGGAACAAGAAGGCAGAUACGCCCUCCUUUUGGAUCUGGUAUAAGCAACCCCGCAGCAACUCUGCGCAACCUCAUAAUUUCACCAAUGAAGAGGCCCCAACUUUCCCGCAAUCAUGCUCGGUUAUUCACAUGAAGCUUGUACUCCCCUGGCAUGUUUUGAGAUGGCAUUUUCCCCUAACAGGGCCUUUUAUCAGGCACUUUCUGUUGAUAUAUUUUUUUCUUAAAAACAAAAGAUAUAGAUAGUGAUCUAGUAGGAUGAGCAACGUGAAUACUUGAUCUUCUUUAUAGACAUCUGAAAACUUUAUGCCAUUGAUUAACCAGAUAUUCAACGUCUUAGCGUGGUUAGGACACUA